AUGCAUUAUGACAACCACAAUGCGUUGACAGGCCACAAUGCAACCGACAGGAUACUGCGACGAGGUAAACGCUAUCUGGAGUUCACCAAGGGCUCACGUAUGUCGUGGCGCACAAAUGCUAAAAACAAUUUAAUUAAAAUUAAUACGCUGUUCAGCUAUGGCUACGGUUUUCGCGCAAAUUAUCCUUUCCCAGAGCCCAAGGAUCAGCGCAAACGCAAUCGUGUUUUCUUCAAGCGUGAUUUGUUUUCAAAGCUUGAAAGCGCGCUCGAUGGUCAUGGGUUUGAUGGACGCGCUUGCUUAUUAAAAUCUUUCUGCACAGCCUUGUUUGAUGUCGAUAGAGCGCAGCAAAAGAGCGGCAUGCUCUUCAAGCUGCUUAAGCUGAUAUUCAGACGCAGCAAACGCUACCUGGACAUACUGGAAACUUCACGUUUAUUUCUUAAUUUUAAAUGCUUGCAGUUUCGCGUUAAUGUCAAAAACAAUGUCAUACCCAAGCCUACGAUAUGGGCACAUGGCUAUGGAUUUCGUGCCAAUACGCCGGUGCUGGUGAAUCGUGAGAAUCGUCCUUUUCGUCGCGACACUGUUGAGCUCAUGCAUGAGCUGCUCGAUCGCAGCGGCUUUGAUGCGCAGGCCUGUGUGCUCAAAGCUUAUUGCAGCGCUCAAAGCGCACAGCAGAGUCAGGGCUUUCUGUUUAAACUUUUAAAAUAUAUGUUGGCCUUGGAGGAUCAUGAGAAGCAUCAUUUGCCCUAUUUGCGUGAAGAGAAUUGCCAGCAGCUGCUCCAUAGUCAUUGCCCACUCAGCUUUGAUAGCAUAUCGCCAUAUACGGAUGAUGUUUGA